UUUAUAAAUAUGUCGGUAUCUUAUAGGAUGUUUACAAAUUACUUAUUGCAAAGUACUUUUAAAAAAUAGCAGCACAUCUUAAUACGUAUGAAUUUGGUUGCACCUGAUAAACUGAUAUUUUGUAUUUUAAAGAUUACAUACUAUUCACUGCAAACUACCCAUAUGUAAUUUGUAUUAUUAACCGUACUACCUGCUUACUUGAAGCCGUUGUGUUGAUGAUAAGAUUAUUUUUCCCCAUUAAUAAUACAUAUUACAAUAUGAAUGAGUUGCAAGGAAUAGAUACAAUAGGUAUAAAGUGGAAAUCUAUAAAACAGAAUGAUCUUGAUUUAGAUUAUGCUGUAGUGAUGAGCAAAACGAUCGCAACGACAUUAUUCAAAGAGUUAGAAGAUUCAGUCGAAUACUUUACUGGUGAUUUGGCGAAGAUAAAGGUUUUUGGCAAAAUUUAUUCACUGCCACGACAACAAGUGGCAUACGGUGAUGUUGGUAUCACUUAUACAUAUUCAGGAGUCACAGUGCCUGCGUUACCCUGGCCCGAACCUGUAUUGGCUUUGCGAGAAUACAUUCUAAAACUAAAGGGUAUACGGUAUAAUUUUGUGCUGGUAAAUAGAUAUAAGAACGGUCUUGAUCAUAUAGGAGAACACAGAGACAAUGAGCACGAAUUAGACGCUAAUUGUCCUAUUGCUUCUAUAUCUCUAGGACAAGAAAGAGAUUUUGUUCUAAAACAUAAAGACGCGAGGAAGACUGGAAAGGACAAGAAAGCAAUACCACCAGUAAAAAUUAGUCUCCAGCAUGGCAGUAUUUUACUUAUGAACCCACCUACAAAUGAAAUUUGGUAUCAUUCUUUGCCAAUACGAAAAAAAUUGUUAGGACCAAGAAUUAAUCUCACUUUCAGAAAAAUACUAUUAGGAUGACAGCUUUAUAUACAUGUUCUAAAUAUAACGUUGAUUGUUUUACUACUAAAAAUGAUAAGUAUGU